GUUAACUUCGGCAGUAGUGCUACCUCUAUAUUUCACGCACAGUCCCUAUUGCCGAUUCGCCUCCUUCUAUCUCGUCUUUAUAGUAAUCACUUAAAAGUAUUCAGUUUUUUUUUUUAAGAAUUCAAUCAACUAAUAAAGAUGUUAAAGUUGGACAUAUUCACGGGACAUAUUAUCGCCAUAAUUUUCUGAAACCUACAAACUUCAUAAAUCUGUCAAAACAAACAUUCUGUGCAAUCUCCAAUGUUAAUUAUUGUUAAUUUUUAAAAAGAUGGUCAUCGUUGCUUAAUCUAGAAAUUCAAAUACCAUUUCCCCUAGAAUGAUUCGUAUCGUAUCGAUUGCUGCACGAUGACUUGCGCAAUGCAACGUCCUGUCCUACAUCGAAUUUCUGUAUUUACUUCGAAGAUGUAAAACAAAAACCAACUGCUGUGAAGCGCAAAAACUAUGAGAAAGUGUUAAUUUCAAGAAAAUUAUUUAGUUCUGACUUAGACGCUGAUAUGGAACGAGAAUAAGUGUUGUGUUUACGAAUAGUUGUUAAGUUUUUUUAAUUUUACGUAUUGUUAAAACUUGAAAAUGGGUAAUUUACAAAGUGAACCUAAAUCGUCAAAAUCUAAGCUUAAAUCUAAAGUAAAACUAGGAGGUAAAAAGAAAGGAAAAGUUGAUGAAACUUUUACUUCUGUGGUACCCGAUGAAGAACCACCCACACCUGAAACCACGGAAAGAAUACACACCAUACCUACAUAUGAAAAACAAACUAAAUUGGAUUCGUCUCAAGCUCUUAACAAAAUUAAUCUAGAUAAUGAUCAGAACGUGAGUUCCGUAAAUAAAAUUAUUGAUAUCACUGACCAAAACAAAAUUGCCACACCUCAGUCUAGCUCAGAAUCGUAUUUUACCGAGCCUCAAACACCAGUGGGAUCUUCAACACAGAACGAAAAACCCACAACCUCCCCUGAGAACUUUUUACACAAUCUAACCUUAAACAGCUUCAAACUUAAUGAGUACAGAGCUAGACAUGAAGAGGAAAAAACUAAGAAAUUAAGCAAAUUAGGUGUAUCUAAGACUAGUCAAAUAAGCUUGGAUAAUGAUCCAAAUGAAUGCUUUGUGAGUGAUAAUGUCGAAAUUAUUAGUCAGAUUCACGAUGAGAGUUGGUGUUCGGAUUUUCCUUUGGAAAGGGAAGAUACAUUUAAUAAGAGGCCUCAAGCUUUGCUGGACGGUCAAAAUUUAGAUAUAAGUUUAAACUAUGGUGCAGCCGAAUAUAAACGGAAUAUGUCAGUUCCGCUCGACAUGUAUGAUGUUGAAGAUGGUUCAAAACUUAAAAAAGUUGGAUCUUUUUCUUUAAGUAGAACAGAAUUGGAAGCUAAAAUUUCAAAACCGAAAUUUGUUCCAGAAAAACUCGAUUUUCAACUUUACGAAAAAUUUGAAGGUCACAUGUUGGUGAACUGGUAUUUAUCUGAAUUUACUGGCAAAAACCAAAUUAGCAACCAAUUUAGUAACCAUGAUUUAAAAUUAUUAGCAGUGCAAUUCUGUACACAUCUUUUGGCUGCCGGAGUUUUAAAACAACUACCUGAUAAGGACGUUCCCAUGUACAACAUUUUUAAGCCAGAUUGUAUUUAUUUUUGGACACAUUCAGAAGUACCAGCGGCAGUUCCUCAAACUCCAGGCAGGAUUAGUAUGCUAUCUUGGCCACCUAUGUCGCCAUCAGAAAAUGUUAUUUCUCCAUGCGAAAACGAACACUUAACUACUCCUUCGCCAGAAUUCGAAAUUGUUCUGAAGCCGCAAGAAUUCACGAAUUCCGCUCGAGAUGUGGAAAUGUUGGCAUUGGAAGAAGAAAUACAAAGAUUGAAACAAGAAAUAGAAAAAUAUAAAACUUUGGUGGAAAUACAAACCCUUACGAAGAAUGCUGUGAUAGAUUUUAGUUCUCCCGUAGUGUCGCCGACCAAAGAAAAUAAAUACAAUGAAAACUCAUUAACGACCAGACAAAUAAAAUUAGAUGUCUCAACGCAAACAGAAUUUCGAGAAGUUCAAACUAAAGCUGAAACCGUCUCAAGAUCUACCUCAUGUGAAGAAUGUUAUACUAGAUUACUUAUAACAAGAGUAGAUGGAUCUACAUCUCCUGUAUCUUCUUCAAUGCUGGCUACACAUAUGUAUCCAUCUACAAUUCAUUCUCCUCCUAAACCACCACCACUACCACCUAUGACUCCUACGUCACCUAUUAUUGGUACACCACACCCUCCUUCAAUGACUUGUGUACCAUCUCCUCAACAAAUGCCUGGUGUGCCACCUCCUCCACCAAUGCCUAGUAUGCCACCACCUCCUCCACCAAUGCCUGAUAUUCCACACCCUCCACCAAUAAACGGUAUUCCACCUCCUCCUCCACCAAUGCCUGUUAUACCUCCCCCUUCUCAAAUUCCUGGUGUUCCACCUCCUCCCCCAAUGCCUGGUAUGCCACCUCCUCCCCCAAUGCCUGGUAUGCCACUCCCUCCACCAAUGCCUGGUAUACCAUUCCCUGUACUAGUGGCUCCAUCUGAAAAGUCCGGAAUGCCGCCACCACCUCCGAUGCCUGGUCAUUCAAGUGCUUCAGGUCCUGUGCCACUUCCAGCACCACCGGCAGGAGGAUGGGCAGCACAAAAAGCUGAGACCCCUACAGCUCCAUAUGUCUUAGCGCUAAAGAAGCCUCCAAUAAAUCCUAAAGUGCCAAUGAAACCCUUAUAUUGGACCAGAAUUGUAGCACCUGCUGAUCAAACCGACAGUCCUCAACCAUCCACCGCUCUGUGGAAGGAACUUAAUGAAAUUCCCAUCAACGAUAUUCCAGAUUUCACGGAAUUAUUUUCGAGACAAGUUAUAACCAAAAAGCCAACAAUAAAGAAGCAGCGACAAACGCUUAAAGCUACAGCUGUCAAGUUAUUAGACAGUAAAAGGUCGCAGAAUGUCGGAAUUCUAGCACAAAGCUUGAGAGCGGAUGUUCAAGAAAUUGAACAUGCUAUUUAUAACUGUGAUACGUCUGUUAUAGGUUUAGAAGCUCUUCACCAAAUUUAUGAAGUGAGAGCAACCGCUGAAGAACUGGAAAUAAUUAAAGCACACAUGGAAAACUCACCAAAUAUUCCAUUAGAUAAACCCGAACAGUUUUUGUAUGAAUUAUCAGAAAUAUCUAAUUUCGCAGAAAGGAUAUCAUGUCUCAUGUUUCAAGUAGAGUUUGAUGAUUCCAUAAAUACCAUAGGCCAUACUUUGACCAAUAUUAAGACUACAUGUGAUUUUUUAAUCAACAAUUUAGAACUAAAAGAAGUAAUGGCAAUAAUAUUAACUCUUGGUAAUUACAUGAACGGAGGAAACAUGUCGAGAGGUCAGGCAGAUGGUUUUGGACUAGAAAUUUUGUCAAAAUUAAAGGAUGUUAAAUCCAACGAUUCCAAAAUUACUCUACUCCAUUACGUCGUUAACGUUUAUAUGCGGAAAAUCAAAAAUCCUCUUGAUUCCACAAUACAACUGCCUGUCCCUGAACCAGGAGAUAUUAGAAGAGCUGCUUCAGUAAAUUUCGAUGAUCUUAGAACUGAUUUAAGAAAAUUACAGAAACAAUUAGAAGGGUGUGAGUGCAAAUCAAGAAAAAUUCUUGAAACAUCAACUGUAGAAAACGUACAACCAUUCAAGGAUAAAAUGACUGCAUUUUUAGAACAAUCAAAAAAGCAAAUGGCGACAGAAUGGGAAAACCUAGAGGAGUGCCACAAACAAUUCAUAGCUACUAUGAAAUUUUAUUUGUUUAAACCGAAAAAGGGACCUUUAGAGACUUUCUCCCCAGAUCUGUUCUUCGAACUGUGGUUGCCUUUUUGCGAUGAUUUUAAGAAUAUAUUUAAGAAGGAACUCAUUAGAUUAGAGAAAGAAAAAAUUCUAGAAAUUAGGAGAAAGGAAAAUGAAAGGGCGACAGAUGUUAAAAAAAUUAAAGAGAGAGAGAACGGACUGAAAGCCAAAAUAAAAAGAGUUAAACAGAAACUUCAAACUACUACGUGAUUAGUUUUUAUUUUAUAUGUUAUAUUUAUUUGUUUUCGAAUAUUUUAUUUGAGAGCAUUGUUGCGAUGUUUUAGAAGUUUAUAUUAAGGAAAUAAAUUUAUUUUUUUAAAACACUCUUUUAACUAUUUAACUACCUAACCGCCAAGAGAAGGAG